CCUCCUUUCAAGACAAAGAUGUCAUAUUAUACAUAUAUAUUUUAAAGAUUUGUCCACUCUAGCUCUAGCAUAAGUCAAAAAACGUAUCUUUGGGGUCUACGGUCUACAUUCUACACAACUAAAUUCAAUGACCGCCCCUUGGCCCCCGCGUUUUUUUCGUCUUCUUCAAUUCCUCGUUUUCUCCAGCAAUAUAGCAUAUACAUCUCAAUUCAUUGGCUUUCUACAAAUUUCUAUACACCCAGAUAAGAAAUUCAGAACAUUACCAUUUAUAUAUGUAUGUCCUUUCUUCUCAAUUAAUAUUUAAUCCCUAUUUUCUGAUCUGGGUCUGGGUCUUUCUUUCAUCCCAAACGGUAACCAGCUGAAUAAUGAACGAACCCGAGGAGACCAUUAUUCCAGCAGAGGGUGAAUCCCUGAAAGAGGGGAGCUCUAAAGAUGGAAUCUUGGGCUUCAUUGGGAGGCCAUUUGAUUGGUUGAAGAUGCUGAGUGAUGAGCUGCACUGGAGCUUUGUUUCAGCUGUGGUGAUUGUGUACGGAAUCAAUCAAGGGUUGAGUAUGGGUUUGAGCAAAAUUAGUACACAGUACUAUAUGAAGGAUGACCAGAAGCUGCAGCCCUCUGAAGCUCAAGUUUAUUUUGGGAUUCUUCAACUGCCUUGGGUGGUUAAGCCUCUUUGGGGUCUGCUUACUGAUACACUCCCUAUUUUUGGUUAUAGGAGGAGGCCUUAUUUCAUUAUUGCUGGUUUUCUUGGUAUCAUAUCCAUGGUGAUUCUGUCCUUAAAACAAGACUUACACCUUGCAUUCGCUUUGUUAUGCCUAAUCACUAGCAGUGCUGGGAUGGCAGUAGCAGACUCUACGAUUGAUGCCUGCGUGACGGAGAACAGUAUAAGCCAUCCAUAUCUCGCCAGUGACAUGCAGAGCCUGUGUGGAGUGAGCUCAUCCAUAGGACAACUGAUUGGAUAUACCGUUAGUGGCUUUUUAGUUCAUCUAAUUGGAUCUAAGGGUGUGUUUGGAGUUUUGAGUAUACCUGCUGCUCUGGUACUUUUAGUAGGAUUAAUGAUAGGAGAAACAUUUGUCAACAAGGGUGCCGACAGGAGAGUCAGUGAAAAGUUACGUGAUGCUGGUAAGGCUAUGUGGAUUGCUUUGAAAUGCAAGAAUGUUUGGAGGCCAUGUUUGUACAUGUAUGUUUCUCUUGCAUUGAGUUUACAAAUCCACGAGGGAAUGUUUUACUGGUAUACAGAAGCUAAGAAUGGUCCGUUCUUCUCUAAGGAAGCUGUAGGAGCUAUAUCCUCUAUUGGUGCAGUGGGGUCACUUCUCGGGAUUCUUCUCUAUCAAAACGCUUUCAAACACCACCCUUUUCGUCGCGUGCUUUUCUGGGCUCAGUUACUGUAUGGUGCUUCGGGAUUGCUGGAUUUGAUACUGGUAUCUCGGGCGAAUUUGAGGAUUGGCAUCCCGGACUACUUUGUUGCUGUAAGUGACGCAGCAAUCUCGCAUAUGAUUACACGUCUCAAAUGGAUGCCUCUUCUUGUCCUCAGUACAAAGCUUUGCCCCUCCGGGAUAGAAGGAACUUUCUUCGCCCUACUCAUGUCAAUCGAUCACAUCGGAUCGCUCACAGCGGCCUGGGCCGGGGGCCUUUGCCUGCACGUCUUGCACGUCACACGCACGCAGUUUGGAAACCUCUGGGUAGCGAUAGUGGUGAGGAGUUUCUUGAGAGUUGUUCCUGUUGGGCUCCUGUUCCUCGUGCCCCGAAACGACGAUCCAAAUGCCUCUAUUCUCCCAGAUGAACUGUUGAAUACUAGGAAGGGUGAAGAGUCUGAAGACAUGGAAAUGGUGUCGCUUGUCAACAACGACGAUGACCCGAAUUCAGUAGAAGAGUAAAUGCAGAAAAGGGAAGCAUAGUUGAAAUUACAAUACAAUUUUAAAGAAGCCAAAAGGCUCUAUCUAUCCCAAAGAUUGAUCAGUCAAAUCCCUGGUAAAUUAUUCAACUUAAGUUAUUGAAACAAUUGUCCAUAAAAAACAUUGUACAUUUCUAUCUUUAUUGAUAUACAUUUCUAUUUCUUAUUUA